UCCGGUUAAGUGAUUCGCACACUUUCGCCCAAGAAGUAUAUAAGCGCUUUUGUCCUGGAGACAGCCAACAGAGCAAGGCAGCAUCUCGAACAGAAUAGAUCUAUCGUUCGUGCAACUGCCUAUCUUGUUUUUUAACUACAUCAUAUCUUCUUGAUAAGAUGGGUUACUGGGAUGAUCCUUCAAAGAUGGCAGGUAAUACACUGCCAUCCACGAACCCUUACGGGAACUACACCGUAGUCGACACGGUGCCCCAUCAUCUCCUCCAUUUAGUGGAUGUUCACUGGUACCAGUUUCCUCCUAUGAACCCUCUCUGGUAUAAUUUGAUUGCUGUAUGGAUGGUUGUUAUGGGCCUCCUCGCUGUUGGCGGCAACUUCGUUGUUAUCUGGGUCUUCAUGAACACCAAGUCUCUCAGGACUCCCGCUAACAUGUAUGUUGUGAAUUUGGCUUUCUCUGACUUUGGUAUGAUGUUAACCAUGUGCCCACCAAUUUUGGUUAACUGCUAUUACCAGACUUGGGCUUUCAGUGAUAUGGCUUGCCAAAUUUAUGGUCUACUGGGGUCAAGUUUUGGAACUAUAUCUAUUUGGACAAUGAUCUUCAUUACUUUGGAUCGUUACAAUGUCAUUGUGAAGGGUCUCUCUGCAACACCUUUGACUUCUAAAGCUGCUUUGUUAAGAAUUUUCUUUGUAUGGGCACAAACAUUCUUCUGGGGUCUUCUUCCUCUGUUUGGCUUCUGUAGAUAUGUUCCUGAGGGUAACAUGACCGCCUGUGGCACUGACUAUCUCACAGAAGAGCUCUGGAGUCAUUUAUACCUGUAUUUUUAUGCCUUUGAUUGCUACAUCUUCCCUCUCUUCUUAAUCAUCUAUUGCUAUGGGUACAUCAUGAAAGCUGUUGCCACUCACGAGAGGCAGAUGCGUGAACAGGCCAAGAAGAUGGGAGUGAAGUCCCUGAGAAAUGACCCAGAGUCCAAGAAGACUUCAAACGAGUGCCGUCUCGCAAAGGUCGCCCUUACAACUGUGUCCCUAUGGUUUAUUGCAUGGACUCCCUACUUUGUCAUCAAUAUGGCAGGUCUCUUAUACAAGCCUAUGGUUACUCCUCUGUUUUCAAUUUGGGGUUCUGUCUUCGCCAAGGCCAAUGCUGUGUACAACCCUAUUAUCUACGCUAUCAGCCAUCCUAAAUACAGAGCUGCUAUGGAAAAGAAGUUACCUUGCCUCUCAUGUGCUACUGACAGAGACGAAGAUGCCAGUUCCACUGGUGAUGCGACAACGGUUGCUGAUGAAAAGGCUUGAGCAUUUUGAGCGUCUGCCUUACAUAUGGUAGGAACAUGUGAGCCAAAACGAUGGAAACGAACGACUUUGAUACUGAUAUUUUUCCUAUUGUAUCCCUGAAUAAAUCCAUUGCACCUAUAAAAAUA